CAGAGGCGGUGAGCAAAUCAAACGCCCGGGCUCCAUGACAGCAGAUGCUGAGCUGCAAAACCUGUACAUGCUGUUGGCCGUUCAUUUUUAUUUUGCACAUUUUAGCGGCUGUUCCUGCGAAAUAAAUAGACGGGCUUGAGGAAUAAGGGAUUAUUUAAUAUUCAGUGUAACUAAAUGGUAAAUGCGAGCGCCUGAUGUAAAGUAUAAACCGUUUCAUCUCCAUCUCCUGCUCCUCCCUAAAUAAUAGGGAGGCUUCAUAUAGCCCAGAGGAAAACAUUGAUUGCCUGGUAGAUCCACAGCUCCUCUUGUCAAUCACCUACACAGCAACUGAUGGCAACCAGUGCCAAGAGACCAUCCCUGCAGGGUCCUGUGCCACCCCCUCGCAAGAAGACAACCCCCAAACCUGAGCUGACCGAGGAGCAGAAGCAGGAGAUCAGGGAGGCCUUUGAGCUGUUCGACACAGAUGGAUCCGGAUACAUCGAUGUGAAAGAGCUCAAGGUCGCCAUGAGGGCUCUGGGGUUUGAGCCGAAGAAAGAGGAGAUCAAGAAAAUGAUUAGUGAGGUGGAUAAAGAUGGCACAGGGAAAAUCUCUUUCGUGGACUUCCUUGCUGUCAUGACACAGAAAAUGGCCGAGAAGGACUCCAAAGAGGAGAUCCUGAAAGCUUUCCGCCUGUUCGACGAUGACGAGACGGGCAAGAUCUCAUUCAAGAAUCUGAAGAGAGUAGCAAAAGAGCUGGGCGAGAACCUCACAGAUGAAGAGCUGCAGGAGAUGAUCGAUGAAGCAGACAGGGACGGAGACGGAGAAGUGAACCAGCAGGAGUUCCUGCGCAUUAUGAAGAAAACCUGCCUGUACUGAAGGAAGUGCAUGACAUCAGGGUUGUCGAGUGUUGGUUUUUACAUGUAAUGCUGCUCAUAUAUCUACUUCCGUCUUAAAAUCCUUAUUAUUGUGUCGUGCCAUACAUUUACACCUAGAAUGUGUUUUCAUCUGUCGCACUGAAAGGAAAUUGUUUAAGACUUUUGAGCAAAAGUCUGGUCAAAUGCCAAAUUAUCCUCCUUUGAUUUACUUGAUAAUCUACAUUACAUUUGCCAAAAAACAGAAAGAGAAAUCUCCCUUUCUCGUUUGAAAUGCUGCAUACGUUCAUGAAGAAUACGCUGAUAAUGUUAAAGAUGAUAUAUGGGUUAUUUGUUGUCAAGAAAUUCUCAGUGCCUACGUCAACAUGCUGACAAAUCCGGUGCAUUGUACAGCACCAUGUCACUCUAGUUUUUAAAAGGCGCUUUAUAAAUGAAGUUUAUUUACUUAGUUACAUUCCAACGCUUUGUUUGAUUAAAUAUACAGUCUGUGCAUUAUGUUUCAUCCAUCCGUAGAUUGUUUAGUUUGUACUGGUAACUCCAGUGUUUCAGGUCUUCUAUGCUGGUUCUCCAGAGAAACAGUACAGUAUGAGGAGUUGGUUAACCCGCUGAUGAUUGGGGAGUGCUGACUCACCUGAGUGAUACCUGUGGAUUUGUGCCUGUGCCUCUUAAAGGGGUGGUGAUCAUCACAAUCAGGGAAGCUGCCCGACCUCUCUGACCUACACACCUUCCCACUAUCUUGAAUAUACGAUUGAUGGUGUAUGUAUUUUUCUUGUAGCAUUGAGUAUUUAUCCCUCUGUAUUCUUGAGUGUUUUGUAAAAUGCAUAUGUGACUUUAAUGAGAUAUAUACCUGGCAUAUAAAUGUUUAAAGUACUAAAUUAAAUAUAAUGAAGCAGUU